AAUGACCGCUGGAGCUGAGUAUUUUGGGCGCCGCGACGCGUUUCCCCGCGUUUGCCCUCUCCGCAGCCCGGCGGCCAUCAACUCGACGCUACGUAUGCCAAGCGGUCGUGGUCGCGGUUGGAUGCGGCUUUGGGUAAGCCGAGGCACCUUCCCUUUGUACUCCGCACACUCCAGCGGGCAGGCAAACUUCCAUGUAGUCUGAAUUUACUCCUCUGCCACUGCUCUACGAUUCUAUGUGACCAUGCGCGCUGUUAGAAAGUCCACUCGCCUCUCUCGCCAGCUCCUGGCCGCCAACGCGGUCCGCCACAGCUCCACCAAUGCCGUCUCCAUCAAGCCGCUUACAUCGGUGCUCAUAGCCAACCGUGGAGAAAUUGCCCUACGAGUCGGACGGACCGCCUCGGAAUAUGGCAUCAAGACCACGACCCUCUAUACCGACCCGGAUGCCAAAUCCCAGCAUGCCCUGAGCUCGCCCUAUGCUGUCAACUUGGGGGACGCCUCGGCCUACCUCGACGGCGAUCGCAUCAUCCAAAUCGCACAAGAGCAAGGCUGCCAGGGCAUACACCCAGGCUACGGCUUUCUGAGUGAGAAUCCAACGUUUGCGCGGAAAUGCACAGAGGCAGGAAUCACAUUCAUUGGCCCGCCGUGGCAGGCCAUUGAAGCCAUGGGAAGCAAGAGUGAGUCGAAAAACAUCAUGAUAGCCGCGGGCGUGCCAUGCAUACCUGGCUACCACGGAUCAAAUCAAGACCCAGAAUACCUCAAGAAGGAGGCCGCCAACAUCGGAUACCCUGUGCUGCUCAAAGCCGUAAAGGGUGGAGGUGGCAAGGGCAUGAGGAUCGUAAACAAGCCCGAAGACUUCUUUGCCCAGCUUGAUUCAGCAAAGUCCGAGGCCAGAAACUCUUUUGGCGACGAGGUCAUGCUGGUGGAAAAGUACAUCACGACGCCUAGGCACAUUGAAGUCCAGGUCUUUGCGGAUAAACACGGCAACUGCGUCGCGCUCGGCGAGCGUGAUUGCAGUAUCCAGAGGAGACACCAGAAGAUCCUGGAAGAGUCGCCUGCACCACAUCUGAAGGAAGACAUCCGACAAGAUAUCUGGGAGAAAGCAAGAGCUGCUGCUUUGGCAGUCAAGUACGAAGGAGCUGGCACUGUCGAGUUCAUUUUCGACAACGACACUGGCGAGUUUUUCUUCAUGGAGAUGAACACGAGACUGCAAGUCGAGCAUCCCGUCACCGAGAUGGUUACAGGAGAGGACCUCGUGCGGUGGCAGCUUAUUGUUGCAGAGGGUGGCAAGUUGCCGCUGACACAGCAAGAAGUCGAGCAGAGGAUAAAAGAACGAGGGGCAGCCAUCGAAGCACGGAUAUACGCAGAGAACCCCGACAUGAACUUCAUUCCAGACUCAGGCUUGUUGCUUCACCUCAAGACACCAAAGCCAACACCUACCGUCCGGAUAGAUGCAGGCUUCGUCGCUGGCGAUGAAGUCUCCUCGCACUACGAUCCUAUGAUUGCAAAGCUCAUCGUGCAGGGCCCCACAAGAGAAGCCGCGAUUGCGAAGCUGCGCGCCGCACUAGAGGAGUACGAAGUCGCAGGUCCCAUCACGAACAUUGAGUUCCUUAAGAAGAUGUGUGUCAGCCCAGACUUCGUCGCUGGCGACGUAGAAACAGGCUACAUCCAGAAACACCAGGACGAGCUCUUCACCCCGGAGCCCCCCGCACCAGAAGUCUACGCACAAGCCGCGCUCGGCCUCGCUCUCCAGGAGAUAUCACGGGCUCAUGCAGAUCUCUUCGCCGGUCCUUCCGUCACAUCCAUCGGAUACGGCAACCACUUCCAGCGGCGGCAGGUCGACCUCGUCGAGACGCCCGCCAACGGAAAAGGCGACUCCACCUCCACACCAAUAACGCUCGUCCAGACUGCCCCCACGAAGUUCGACAUCACCGUCGGUUCCCACUCCUACAGCAACGUCGUCUCCACCUUCGCCCCCUCCACCAACAUUCUUACCACAUUCUUCCCGCACACGCGCCUGUCAACGACUUUCAUCCGCGACGGCGACCGCCUCACGCUCUUCCAGCAGGGCAAGCAAUACCGCCUGCAGCUCGCGCUGCCGAAGUGGGCGAGCAAAGCACUCGGCGUGAAGGAUCUCACCAACAGCGUGCUGGCGCCGAUGCCGUGCAAGGUGCUGCGGGUGGACGUGAAGGAGGGCGAGACUGUGAAGCGGGACCAGCCGCUCGUCGUGAUCGAGAGCAUGAAGAUGGAGACUGUGAUCAGAGCGCCGCAUGACGGGGUUAUCGCGCGAGUUGUGCAUGGCGCGGGGGAUCUGUGCAAGGCAGGGACGGCAUUGGUGGAGUUUGCGGAGGAGGAGAAGUAGACGGGAACAAAAGCGAGAGGUAGUGACAGCCAUGCAGUUCGAUAUCCUUAUCUCACACA